AAGAAGAGGAAAAAGAAGAGGCUAAAUGAGAAGGGAACCCAGGUUGAACUAGGCAUGCGGGAGGAUAUCCAUGACCUUGACCUCGCCCAUUGGAGAUUGGCUAGAGAGACAUGGAGAACUGAGCGAGGAAACAUAAGGGAGAUUAAGGCGCUGUAUGGAGAAAUAUUUAGGCUGCACCAACUCUUGGAGGAGAUUGGGGUGGAUAAAGGGGUGAUCAAGCAGCGCUCCACCUCCUCCAUUCUUUGUCCCGUCUCCCCGACACUGCCAGCUUUCCCCUGGUACAACCUCCAUAGGUACCUCGCCAACAGCCAAUCGGAGCCUGACCAGCAUGCUGCCGGCACCCAGAAGGACCCAUCUAAGAAACACUCAAUCUUUCCCCCUCUGGACACACAGAGCUGCACCUCACCUGAUAAAUGGCCUCCUUCUCAGUUCAAGACGUCACACCCACACGCUUCACACCGAUUUGCUGUCCCAUCCCACCCCCUGGCUUCCGGCCCUCCUGCCCGGAUGAGACAGACCCAUCCGCACGUCCACCCCAGGUCCUCAUUGACUGGCCAGGAAAAGGUUAAGGAUGAGGUCAACAGGCCAGAGAUUGCAUCGCCUGAGGAAUUGUCUGAGGAAGUUCAACGGAGAGGCGCAGAAAUUGCCAAUAUGUAUAAAGCACAGCUGAAAGAGAGGAUGGCCCAAAAGAGAAAGGAAGAGAUUCUGAAGAAAAGGGUAAACAACGAUGACAAGAACGAUGACACUGAGGCCUUCUGCUCCUCUGCAGUAAAACAAUCCAAUACCCCUGCCACAGCCCCCGAGCGCCCGGCCAGCCCAGACGCCACGCCAGUGGCCGCCCGAGAGGACACUCAGGGGGACACCCAGCAGGACCUGGCAGACGUUGUGAAUGUGCUCAAGAGGCAAUCAUCUGAUCUAUACCUGCCUGACGACGUUUGUGAGGAGUCACUCACAUGGAAGUCCAUUUACGAGGAGCUGUGCCCGCUCGCUCACAGGGCGAACACAGAAGCUGACUACAUCAAGGCACUACGCGUCAUCACUGAGAAGGCUGUGACUCCCUCGUGCUCGUCUGAGGAUGAUGUGUCUCAGAGUGUGAGUGAGGUCACAAGUCAGGAGGGGAGUAGUGAAAGUGAGGAGAGCAUGAGUGGACAACAGCAGAGAUGUCUACACAGGGAACCUUAUGGUGCAAGGGACAGGAAGGAGAUUGAUAGUGGUAAAAUGGAAGGGAGAUAUGCAACCGCCACUGCAUUGUCUAUGAUGGCAAGCCGAGGGAAAGAAGAACUUAAUGCCAUGAGCUACGCAGACAGGAUCAAAUAUUUCAAGGACGAGGCUAAGAGAAAUGAAGAGAUGAUGAAGAUUGAAAGGAGGAAGGAAAAAGACAGGGACGAAGAGCUCAAAAAGUGGGAAAAGAGACAGAAGAAAUUGAAUGAGGAGGAAAGGAAAAGGACAGAAAAUAUGGAAAAAAACAAGUUAGAGGAGCAGAGGAAAAGGGAGAAGGCAGAGAUGAAACUAAAGAUCGAACAUGAGAAAAAGAGACAAGAGCAAGAGAAAAAAGAAAGAAAGAAGCAGGAGAUGCAACAGAAGGCCCGUGCAAAAGAAGAGAAAAAGAGGGCAGAGGAAGAGAAAAAGAUGGAGAAAAAGAGGGCAGAGAUGUUGAAAAAGAUUGAGAAACAGAGGAUGGAGGAGGAGAGGAACAGGGAAAAGGAGAGAAUGAAGGUGUUGGAGAUGCAGCAAAAGGCACGAGAGAAAGAAGAGAAGAGGAGGAAAGAGGAACAGAAAAGGAGAUUGAAGAUACAGCAGGAACAAGAGAAGGAGGAACAGAAAAGGCAGACAAGGAUACGGGACGAGGAUAAGAAGAGAGCAGAGCUUCAAAAAAUAAAAGAUCACGAGGCCAGGUUCAAGAUGGAGAUGGAGAAACUGUAUGAGAGAGAAGAGAGGAAUGCACAGAUUGAAAGAGAAAAGAGGCGUGCGCUGUGUCAGAAAAAAGGGCAGACACAGAGAGCAAAACAGGUGGUGGCAUACGAGGUCACAGCGUCUACAUCUGACGCCUCUGUGCGGAGGGAAGAGAGGGAGCAGCGUCCAGAGACCGCUCACGCACAGUCUGCGAAGAGGAGAACAAGGAAGAAGCAGAAGAAAGAGGCGGACGAGGCAUUGACAACUUUUGUGUAGAUGACAAAAGAAAAUACUACCAAAGAAAAUUAGAAAAUAAGCAAAAGGAGGAAAAUAUUAUAAGGAAGCCAGGCAUGAGGGUGAAGAGGAGGAAACAUGAGAGAGGAGGAAGGGAGACCAGAGUGGUUCAUCAGGAGGUCAGUAGAAGAUACAGAAUUCAAGUUCUGAUGGACAGAAUCAGGAAGGACCAUGGGAUAAAAGGUAAAUGAGAUUAGCAGUAAAGAGCUGAGUGGAUCAAAAGAAAGUAAUGGAAAACACAAGGGGGGAGGCAAGAUAAACAGAGACCCAGAAAAAAGAGGUG